GCCUGGCAGGCGGGGCGGAGAAAAUGGCGCUGCCCCCGGCCGCCGCGACCCCCGCCGGGACCCAGGAGCCUCCGGGAUCCCACGAAGCCUCCGCCGCCCCCGAGCCGCCGCUCGGCCUGCCGGAGCUGCCGGCCCUGCAGCUCGAGCCGGGCGGGGUCCCGCUGCACUCGUCCUGGACCUUCUGGCUGGACAGAUCGCUCCCUGGUGCCACUGCACAGUGCGCCUCCAACCUGAAGAAAAUCUACACGGUGCAAACGGUGCAGAUAUUUUGGAGUGUGUACAAUAAUAUCCUACCUGUGACCAACCUGCCUGUGAGAUGGAGCUACCAUUUAAUGAGAGGAGAGAGGCGACCGCUUUGGGAAGAGGAGAGUAAUGCAAAGGGUGGCGUGUGGAAGAUGAAAGUCCCGAAGGACAGCACGUCCACAGUUUGGAAAGAGCUGUUGUUAGCCACCAUCGGGGAGCAGUUCACUGACUGCACAGCCGCAGAUGACGAAGUGAUAGGAGUCAGUGUUAGCGUUCGGGAACGUGAAGAUGUCGUCCAAGUCUGGAAUGUAAAUGCCUCUUUACUGGGCGAAGCGACUGUGUUAGAAAAGAUCUAUGAACUCCUGCCCCGCAUAUCUUUUAAAGCAGUAUUUUAUAAACCCCAUGAAGAGCAUCAUGCUUUUGAAGGUGGACGUGGAAAACACUAAUUGCACUCUGUAAAGAAUUCUUUGUCCUUUGCUGAUUGGUUUUGGAAACGGUCUUAACAGGAGGGAGAGUGAAGGAAGAGAAGACUUGCCGGAGCCCGAUGCUGGUCAAUUUAGAGUGGGUUUCUGUGCUUGCAGACUGGGCAAUUAGAGGACUCCCAGUAGCAGGUGGGGUGAGGAAGAUGCUGGGGGUUUCUGCCUUCAUAUCACUUGCUUGGUUUUGUUUUUCUUUCAAUUCAUCUUUUCUUUUUCUUUUUUUUUUUUUUGGCUUUCUAAAUUGUUUUUUUUUUCACUCCAAUUAUUAUUAUUUUUAUUAAUUUUUGCCUUGAAAAUUCCCCAUUCAGGCUAAUUAUUGUUUUCAACACUCCCCUUUCAUUAAGGCACAGGAACUCAGUUUCCCUUUGAGUAGCUCUGCUAUACCUAGUUAAUGAGAGCAUACAUCAUCGUGACAAUACUGCUUUGAAACCACACUGUAAGGGAAGGAAUACUAGCUUGGUGCGACCUGUUUGUUGUGACACAUUCCUUCAAACUGUGAGCUGGGCAUUUUUUGUUUGUUUUGUUUGUUUUUUUCUUUUUCUGUCCCAGAGAAAAGAGAAAAAUCAUACUUAAUCCGGAAUUUGCAAGACAGCACACACAUCUUCUGUUUUUCCUUCUUAAAACUUUCUUGAAGAGAUUAAAAAAAUAACAAUUGGUUUGCCGAUCACAAAAAUUUUUAAUCACAGUUCAGUGUCAGGCUAGAAAUUAUACUUCAGGUUUUUGGGCUCUCUGUGCAAAUACUUCUAACCAGAAUCUCAAUCUGGUCUUUUCAUUGCAAGAGAAGUCAUAGCAGGCGAUUUUACCCAGUGGUAAACAUGAUUUUUGUGACUUAAAGAGGAAAUGAUUUUUUUCAUGUGUUUGAAUUUCACUUCUUCCAUAGCAUAGAGGUAUUUAUUCACUUAGGACUUUCCAAAUGAAUUCUAACACAUUUUUUAAAAAGCGAUCCCCUUUUCCCUCAUAUUAGGUCAUUUCUGAUACUCAGCAGCCCUCUAGCCUGGGAGCCUUCCCUCUGUUUUCACGCAGGAGCAGUAAACUUAAGUCUCACAUCCAGGCUGCAUGGAAAUGCUCACAGAGUUGACCUUUGAGUGCAUCCUGUUCAUAUUAAUGAUGAGGAUGGUUGUGAUGUACUGCAUUGGACUGCCAAAGAAAUACUGGUUUCAGUAGAAGGAAAUCUUGGAGCACUGUGUGAGACCCACUUGGAACACGCUGGUUUCCCUGUAUUGACUUUGUGCCCAGCUUCUUGGUGCUUUUACCAGAGAAGGAGUGGGGCCUUUUGAAAGCCCGCAACAGGCUCCCUCCUGGUGGCUUCUUGUGGGAGCUACGGGAAUUAGUUUGCACUUAUACCUUUCUCCAAAGGGUGGUGCCUUGGAACUCCCUGGAACCUGGGAUCUUUAUACCUCUUGGAAGUGUUGAGCAGCAGAGAGAGGCAGAACUUCUCUACGCCUCUCACAUGUAUUUUGUCAAUAAAGUUUCCCAUUCAAAUGUUUCAAA